AGAAGGCUUCACAUUUUUUUUUUCUUUUCCCUCCUGGGCUUUUGUGCUGAUCGUGCACACAGACUUCCGUCUGUUUCUCCGCUUAUCCAUCCAUCCCAUCUUGGUAGUUGGCUCGUGUCGCUGCCGUCGCUUCGGCUGCUGCUGCUACUGCCGCUAAGUGAGAUCUGGGGAUCGGACCAGCGCUGGACCAACUAGAGGCUAGCCUUUACAUUUGAAGCCCACUCCCCACUGCCCACUUCUACUUUUCCUCUAAUACUUUACCCGUCUCCUGGUUCUCCCUGAUAGGGCCUCCUCCUGUCAAGCGUACUUCGCUGCUUUACUAUUCCUCCUCCUUCAUGAACUGAGCAGUCUUUGCCACCUUUCUUUUAGCUGUACUGGUAAUUACAUUACAAGCAUCCGUCGCUCGGAGAGACUUGUAGCUGAAAGAAAGCCGUCGGACAAGUUCCCCGGCUCACGUCUGAGAGCCAGCGGCCGUGCGCUCUCCCGUCAUUUGGGCCGGGACCCGCCUGGACAUUUCUUGAGUCCUGGUUCUCCAUCCUCCCAAGAUUCUCCUCAAUUAUCCCGACCAAGCCUGCACAAAGGGCUUGUUCAACCCUUCUGCGUCUGUUCGCCUGAACACUGACACGCUUUUUACUUAUCCUAUCUUGCAUCGAUACGAAAAAAACCUCCCAUUUAGCAUCAUCGCGACGUGGGUCCCCUCGGAACCGGCGGCGAGUCCUCCACCGUCACGCCAUCUCGUCCAUACCCACUCGUGCGAAGAAGAGAAGAGUAGGGUCAAUCGACCUGAACUGCGGCGCGACGACUACAUACUAUCGACGAUCAAAGAGAUUUCAAUCUGGCGGCAAGGCAACGACACACCGUUACAAUGUGCUUCGGCAGUCGCAAGAAGGAGGAGGCGGACGCGAUGCGGUCGAGGGAGCUGGACAAGAUAAUCAAGGCGGACGAGAAGCGGAUGGCAAAAGAGGUCAAGCUGCUUCUGCUCGGAGCUGGAGAGUCUGGGAAGUCGACCGUUCUGAAGCAGAUGAAGCUCAUCUACGCUACCGGCUUCAGCAAGACGGAGAAGCUCGAAUGGAAGCCUGUCGUCUUUAACAAUAUCGUACAGUCAUUUCGCAUGAUUUAUGAUGCCAUGAAGGAAUUCGAUAUUCCCUUCGAAAAGCCCCAGAGUGAGAAAGACAUGGAGCAAGUACUGGUUGACUACGAGUUGAGCCCUAACGACCAAUUCCCCGAACAAUAUCUGCAGCCACUUAAGGAUCUGUGGUUGGACGAGGGUGUAAAGAAGGCCAUUGCAAAGGGGAACGAAUAUGCGCUGCACGACAACCUGGAUUACUUCUGCGACGACCUGGACCGCUUCUGGGACAGGACAUACAUCCCCACAGAUCAAGAUCUGCUGCGGUCAAGGCUAAGGACAACAGGCAUCACCGAGACAAUAUUCGACCUGAGCCAGCUGACGUAUCGCAUGUUCGAUGUCGGUGGGCAGCGAUCAGAGCGCAAGAAGUGGAUCCAUUGUUUCGAGAAUGUCAAUUGUCUCUUGUUCCUGGUUGCCAUAUCUGGCUACGACCAAUGUCUGGUCGAAGAUAAGGAUGGCAACCAAAUGAACGAGGCCCUGAUGCUCUGGGAGUCGAUCGCAAAUUCUCACUGGUUCUUGAAAUCUGCCCUCAUCUUGUUUCUGAACAAGAUGGACCUCUUCAAGGAGAAGCUGAAGAAGAGCCCAAUCACCCAGCACGGCUUCACGGACUACCACGGCGAGCCCGACGAUUGGAAGCAGGCGAGCAAGUACUUUAUGGACAAGUUCAGAGCGCUCAACCGGAACCCCGAGAAGGAGAUCUAUGGUCACUUCACGAAUGCGACCGACACGAACCUCCUCAAGAUCACCAUGGGGUCGGUGCAGGAUAUGAUCAUACAGCGGAAUCUCAAACAGCUGAUCUUAUGAGUUUGAGCGCGGUCCGACCAGCUUGGGACCUAUAGGGUUGGCGAAGGUCUCUCCUCUCCGCAGAGGGCAACAACUCUCUGCACACCACUGGCCUUGAAAAACCCGAACCAUCCCAAUCGCGCGGAAAGUUUGUUACCAACCGAGUACGCAGUCGAUCAGCGCCGCUUCUGUACCAUGCUGACCGUAUCAACAACGGUCCGCCCAACAUAAUCCACCCCCGUUGACGGUCCCGACAAGGCCUAUCCGGCGUGAUAGGCACUUGCCACCUCUGGCAAAAGACAAUGGAAAAAUAAUCAAGGUGGCCGGGGCCGGGAAGCGCCCCAACGAAGGGCUGUAGUAGUGGCUCCUGAGCUACUUCAUGACCCUGCUCGGUCAAAGAACGAGUUAACUCGAAACCGAUUUCUGGAUGACGUGCAGGCUGCGACUGGCAGCUGAGGGAAGGGAGAAUAUACUUGGGACGAGCUGGACACGUACGCUGGGAUCGCGGCGGAGAUUCCCGCAGAAGGAAAUGCUUUCGGGAUGGUCAGCAGGAAGAGGGGGGGGGGGGGAAACAUGCAUCUUGGGAGAGCGUUGUGCCAUUUGUGGGGAGGAAUAGAGAUUUGGGGUGUGGCUAUUGAACGUUCUUUGAAAAGAGAGGACUCCCAGAUUCUCUACAUGAGAGGGAGGAGCUGUUCGGUUGGUGGACUAUUUUUUCUUGGUGAUCCCUGGAAGGACAUAUCCCAUGGAGGUGAAUUUGGCAAGACCGAAUUGUGGGCGUGAUUUGAUAUUUUGCUGACAUGACGGGAGGAGCGGGGGACCGGGCGGGCAACCGAUCAUCGAGAAUCGAAGCCGAACGUGGAGAGCACUCUGUAUAUAGCUUAAUAUUUUUUUCAGAU